AUGAGUGCCACGAGACUUAGCACGAGACCAUUUAGUACCUCAUUGCAUCUUCUCCAGCAAAGGUCACAACCUCGAUUUGUAAAUACAAUCAAAGAAGUGUCCAAACCAGCCCAAGAGGACUCGUAUGAAAUUACCCGACCCAUUGGCUUGGUUAAACCGGUUUUGCUAAACCACAAACUAUCCGAUACAUACUCUAUAUCAAACAUCGGAGAAGAACUAUUCGGAGCGCAAGCUAAAGAGAGAAGACAGAAGAAUCUAGAUUAUGAUAUUAAGCAUUCUCCGAUAUAUGAUAUCAAGUCGUUUCAAAACACCAAUGGUAAAAUAUUCAGGCCUCCAAUUUCAUGGUUCAAACAAGAUAAGUCGUUAUACUUUCCCGAUUUUAUUGCUAAGACCUUGACUGGGAAGCUGAACAGUUUAUACGACAUUCUCAGCAAUAAGUACAGCAUAGUGAGAUUAUAUUCCACGGUAACAGGUGAGCAAUGCUCAAAGUCAUAUUUUAAAGUCGACGGAGAGGACUAUUAUACCACCGACUAUAAAAAAUUUACUGAAAAGUUUUCCAACUUCCAGAUUAUUGACAUCAACAUGCCAUCUAGCUGGAUCAAAGGGUUUAUUUUGAACCUAUCUUUAUCCAAUUUGAGAAAGAUGAUCUCCCCUGAACGUUAUCAAAAUUAUUUCAUGUUACCUUUGCAUAUAUUACCACCGGAAAUUAGAGAGCAAUUGCAUUGCGACAAUCAAUGCACUGGAUAUAUUUACAUUAUUGAUUCGACAGGUAAGAUCAGAUGGGCAACCAGUGGCUACUCUACACCCGAAGAUCUUCAAUUGAUGUGGAAAGUUGUGAGAGGAUUGGAAAAGGAGGCGAAUCAGCAGAGGAAAUGA